CACAGGUGAGCAGUGCUCUGAGCGCCAGCUCCGUCUCCCUGCCUGCCCACUCGGUGGCAGUUCCCUGGAGCUGUUGUCCCCUCUGGAGCCUCAGCAGAUCCUUCUUUCAGAACUCACUACUGAGAGCCCUGAACAGGAGCCACCAUGCAGUGCUUCAGCUUCAUUAAGACCAUCAUGAUCAUCUUCAAUAUGCUCAUCUUUCUGUGUGGUGCGGCCCUGUUGGCAGUGGGCAUCUGGGUGUCAGUUGAUGGAUCAUCCUUCCUGAAGAUCUUCGGGCCACUGUCAUCCAGUGCCAUGCAGUUUGUCAACGUGGGCUACUUCCUCAUUGCAGCUGGCGCUGUGCUCUUUGCUCUUGGCUUCCUGGGCUGCUAUGGCGCCCAUACUGAGAGCAAAUGUGCGCUCAUGUUGUUCUUCUUCAUCCUCCUCCUCAUCUUCAUUGCUGAGGUUGCAGCUGCUGUGGUCGCCUUGGUGUACACCACGAUGGCUGAGAACUUCCUGACGCUGCUGAUAGUGCCCACCAUCAAGAAGGACUAUGGUUCCCAGAAGGACUUCACCCAAGUGUGGAAUUCCACCAUGGAUGGGCUCAAGUGCUGUGGCUUCAACAACUACACGGAUUUUGAGGACUCUCCUUAUGUAAAAGAGAACCAUGCCUUUCCCCCAUACUGUUGCUUUAACAGAACUGUCACGGUCAUGGAAUCCUGCACCAGAGAGAAGGCUGAGUACAUGAAUGUAGAGGGCUGCUUCCAUCAGCUUCUGUAUGACAUCAGAACCAAUGCAGUCACUGUAGGUGGUGUGGCAGCUGGAAUUGGGGCCUUGGAGUUGGCUGCCAUGAUUGUGUCCAUGUAUCUGUACUGCAAUCAGAAAUAAGUCUGCUUCUGCCUCCGCCACUGCUGCCGCCAUACAGGAACUGGGAAGAGACACCGUGCCAAGAGGCAGUGAUCAGGGUGGGGACAGGAUCUAAUAGUGUCACUUGGGCUGAAGUGGGCCUCUCCUUGCUCCUCUGGACUCACAGCUAAAGAGGCACCACCACCUUCAGCCUGUGCCUGACCUUUCCUUCCUUUGGUGGGUUUGGGGUCCACCUAUUCCAGAGCCUCUGAGGUAGCCAGUCCUCUUGUCCAUUCCUCCAGUCUGUCCCUUAAACCCAGGAUACCCCCUCAGGCCAAGGGGGAGGGAACUCUUGAUAAUCCCAGUACUCUGUGGGGGGAUUAAAGAAAGGCACCUUAUAGCACGAGCACAAGCAAAAUCAGCAGUCACCGGGCGGAUGUGUAGAAGGCACUUCGGAACCCAAAAACCCAUUAAAAUGUUUCCAUUUGGA